CAGAGGCCACAUAAACUCUUCUAGAUCGUAGCUUGUUCCAUAUUUAUUCAAUUAAAUUAGAGUGAUAUUAAAUUUAGUAGCAUAAUAUUUCAGUGACGUGAUUCAUGAAUUGAUUGUGAUUGACCAUUACAAAAGGAAGUAUAAAACAAGACAAAUUCCCGAUUUACCUUAUCAAAUUAUUAUAUUAAACGCUUCGUUCACGGUCGCACGUGUUGAUUUAUCAGUUAUUUGUUUAGUGUCAUGUAUAUUGACUUCUGAACCCAUUGUUUAUAGACAAAGAGUGAAAUAAAAAUAAAUAAUGUUUUCUUCAUCGAUAACGUCGUAUGUAAUUGCUAUAAUUGCAUUUUUAUUGCACACUUCUGCGUACGGACAGGACAGAACGAUAAAUGCAGAGAUAAAUCCGGGAUGCAAUAAUUGCAGUUUGGAGUCUACUCUAGUUUAUAUACGAGCAGAAGGACAAACAGACACGAUACAUCAAGUAUGGGAUUUCACAAGAGGAAUACCUACAAUAAUAUUGGCAGUUUCUGGAACCAACUCAACAAUGCAAAUAGCCUGGGAUGGUAUAAGACCAGUGAACUUUACAGUGAAUGAAACCGUGCGAUACAGUUUUGCUACAGCUAUUGAUAAGAUCUACGAGUACAAUGAUCUAGAUGACAAGGGUAGGAUGGAUGAGAAGAGUUGGAUACACUCUCAGUCCCUGAAGAGGGUGACAUGGGAGCUGAAGGAGCAGAUCAUUACUGAGAAGGAGGCAAUGGUGCGUCUACAUGGGACCAUGCAUCAGAACAGAAGUAAAGACAUCAUUGAUAUUAAGCUCGACCUCCUGCCUUACAAAGACUAUGCGACUGAAUUGCCUCACCUGAUCCACACCGCUAACUCCACACUGGUGGAUAUCAGCUUGGUGAAUCUGACCACUUCGCGGUAUUACAACUCCUCGCGUUUUGCCCUGCACCUGGUCCUCGUUAGUACCGACUCAGCGACGGAUACUAUGCAUAAUGUGAUGAGGAAGAGUUUGGAUGAUGAACACACACCUGGUGUGUUUGAGAUAAUUGAAAUAAAGACUCCGGCAUCGUUAUCAUCUGAAGCGGGCGGGUUUGUACAAUUCCGGCCUGUGGGGUACACGCAGCGCGCGCGCAAUGUCGGCUCAUCCACAAUAGCGCAUGUCUCUGACUUCAACAGGACAUCGUUACCAGAUUGGAGCACCCUGAAGACAUUCUACAGAGGUUUUGAUGAGGGGAAUCUUCUGGUACAAGAUAUGGUGGUGUGUUUCGGAGAGCCUGGAGAUGGCUUCUACAAGAGAUACAAUUAUACAGCAUGGUCAUAUACAAUUGGUUACGGCGCCCCACCCAUGGAGGGCUUCUCAUUGUUCGUAAUCGUGAUAAUAUCAGUGGGUCUGGGCGUGCCCGUGUUGCUCGCGCUGUCCGGCGUGCUGUACGCGGUGCGACGCAAGUACAGGCACAACGCGCACACACAACUCACUAACGAGGACUGACCCUACAGGUACACUUUGAUGGACUCUUAUACGGAAACAUUUGUUGCAAAUUAACCCACGUUAUAAAUGGAUAGGCUAUGAAAUGUAGUAUUUUGUGCCUAUUUGAUUUUUGACAUUUUGGCGCUUGUAGCAUCAAGCAUCAAUAGGCGAAAUAAAUCGGAACGUAGUAUUCAUUCCAAGCCUGUCCAUUUAUAGAGAUUAUUGAGUUAGCCCCUUACUGCAUAUAAAGCCAAUGGUUUCGACAUUUUUUUUUUGUUAAUAAUAAUAUACUUUUUUUUACAAAAUUAUCGAAUGCAUGCAUU